AUGGCAGAGAAGCGAUUUCUUGCUCUAGAGAAGCGUUUAGAAAAAACUCCGGCAGUGAAGGCUCAGUAUACUUCAUUCCUAAUGGAAUACGAAAAGCUGGGUCAUAUGUCAUUGGCUAAAUCAGCACCGCCCGAAAAUCCCAAACUUGAAUACUUUCUGCCCCAUCACUACGUUUUGAAACCAACCAGCACAACCACUCAACUCCGCGUUGUGUACGACGGUUCAGCAGCAACCGAUACGGGAAUUAGCAUCAAUCAGACCCAGAUGACAGGUCCAACGAUACAGAAUGAUCUCAUAUCGAUUUUGCUCAACUUCUCUUCGCACAAAUUCGCGUUCACUGCCGAUGUCCCCAAAUUCUAUCGGCAAGUGAAAAUGCACAAAGACGACGUUAGAUAUCAGAAAAUAUUCUGGCGAGAAAAUCGAAGUAUGCCACUUCGCGAGUAUGAAUUACAAACAGUCACAUAUGGCAUAACAUCAUCACCGUUUUUGGCAACGAUGGCGCUCUGUCAGCUUGCCGAAGACGAGGAGCAAACAUUUCCACUCGCAGCCAAGGCGGUCAGGAAAUCAUUCUAUAUUGAUGACGUACUCACAGGUGCUAAUACGUUAACCGAGGCCACGGAACUCAAAGAUCAAAUCAUUGCAUUACUAGAACGAGGAGGCUCCGAAGUGCAUAAAUUCUGUCCAAACUCGGACAGUCUACUGGCUACCAUUCCUGAAAGGCAACGAGAAGGCUGUGUGGACAUAACUGAUCCCACAGUCAAUGCGAUAAUGAAGACUUUGGGAAUUUCCUGGAACCCAAAAGAAGAUAUUUUUACAUUCAUUGUCCCGGUCUAUCCCAAAUCAGACACUGUACCCACCAAGCGAAUGAUUCUCAGCCAAAUUGCCAAAAUAUUCGACCCAUUGGGAUUUGUGGGACCCAUACUCACUGCAGCAAAAUUGAUUAUGCGAGAGCUUUGGGCUCUAAACUUGGAGUUGGAUCAACCAGUUCCACCUGAACUUGGAAGGUUAUGGAUAGGUUACCGUGACCAACUACAACACUUGAACAAAAUGAAAAUUGCGAGGUGGAUUCAUGCCGACGAUGCAUCGAAUUACGAACUCUACGGCUUCGCGGAUGCAUCAGACUUGGCAUAUGGUGCCAGUUUGUACACUCGAACGAUACAGAGAGAUGGGACAGUAGUCAUGAAAUUAGUGUGUAGCAAAUCACGGAUCCUUCCGAGAAAAAGGAACAAUCGGAAGGAAAUUAUCACUCCCAAGGCAGAAUUAUUAGCAGCUCUGUUACUAUCGCAACUCACUGUAAAGGUGUUGGCAGCUGUGGAUACCGUUUUCAGUUCGGUCAUGUUGUGGUCGGACUCGCAGAUUGUGCUAUGUUGGCUGCAAAAAACUCCGGAAUCAUUAACUGUGUUUGUUGGAAAUCGAGUCGGGCAGAUCCAGAAAUUGACGGAUAAUUUUUGUUGGCAAUACAUACCUUCUGCAGAGAAUCCCGCAGAUAUGAUUUCACGCGGCAUGUCACCAUUGGAUCUUGUGAACAGCGAUUUCUGGUUGCAUGGGCCAUCUAGAUUUCAUAUCGUGCAACCAUAUUUCGAACAACUUGGACCGAUUUCACAAGAUGAAUUACCAGAAUUACGAAACACAACUCUUGUGACUACACCAGGACAGCCUAGACUGUCAAUAUUUGACAGAAUCAGCCGGUUUACCAUUAUCCAGCAAUCAAUGGCAUAUGUGGUUCGGUUUUUUGAUUACAUUGAAAGUGGCCGGAAGCACUUGACAAAGGGAUUACCCACUGUGUCGGAGAUAAAUCGAGCUGGAAUUCUUAUUGUCCGAUUGGUUCAAGGAGAAGCCUUCCCAAAUGAGAUACAACUGUUGAAAGAUGAAAGAGAAUGCAAAUCAACGUUCCAAAAUUUAAAUCCAUUCAUCGACGCUAAUGAUGGAAUAUUACGCGUCGGAGGACGAUUGAAGAACGCGGCUGUUCCAUACGAGCAUCGACAUCCAGCAUUACUACCCGAAAAACACCCAUUUACUUUGGUGUUGAUACGACACUUACAUCGUAGCAAUAUGCACCUCGGUCAACGAAACCUGCUCGGAGUCGUCCGACAGCAGUAUUGGCCAUUGAAGGCGAAGAACGUCAUCCGCAAGGUGGUUCAUCUAUGCAUACAAUGCUUCCGAAUGAGACCGAAGAAAGGGACACAACUUAUGGGAGAGCUUCCAGACUACCGUGUCCAGCCUUCUCCAGUUUUUUCACAUACUGGAUUGGACUUUGCAGGACCUUUCAACCUUCGAGCAAGCGUACUUCCAAGAAACACGUCGACCACCAAGGGAUACGUUUGCGUAUUUGUGUGCAUGGCGACGCGAGCCAUACACCUUGAGGCGGUUUCGGACCUAACUACGGAUUCCUUUAUGGCUGCACUCCAACGAUUUAUUAGUCGUCGCGGACUUGUACAUAUGGGAGGUUGUAUUCAGAUAAUGCGACCAAUUUCGAAGGUGCAAACAACCAGAUGA